CGUCCGGCCCCGCCCCGCGUCCGGCUCCGCGGGAGCAGCCUAGCCCUCGCCCCCGAGCCCGCACACGCGGCCAUGGCGGAGCACGAUCUGCAGCUGGUGGCGCGGCGCAUCCGCAGCUUCCCCGACUUCCCCAUCCCGGGCGUGCUGUUCAGGGACAUCUCGCCGCUGCUGAAGGACCCUGACUCCUUCCGCGCCUGCAUCCGCCUCCUGGCCAGCCACCUAAAGACCACGCAUGGCGGCAAGAUAGACUACAUCGCAGGCGAGUGUCCCGGCACGGCCUCCUCUGCCCCGCCCGUCCCUGUCCAGUGCUCCUGCUCAGGCCUAGACUCCAGAGGCUUCCUGUUUGGUCCUUCUCUGGCCCAGGAGCUCGGCCUGGGCUUUGUGCUCAUCCGAAAGCGUGGGAAGCUGCCAGGUCCUACAGUGUCUGCCUCCUACGCGCUGGAAUAUGGGAAGGCUGAGCUGGAAAUUCAAAAGGAUGCCCUGGAGCCCGGGCAGAAGGUGGUUGUUGUGGACGAUCUGCUGGCCACUGGCGGAACCAUGUGUGCAGCCUGUGAACUGCUGGGCCAGCUGCAGGCCGAGGUGCUGGAGUGUGUGUGCCUGGUGGAACUGACCUCGCUGAAGGGCAGGGAGAAGCUGGGGGCUGUGCCCUUCUUCUCCCUCCUGCAGUAUGAAUGACUGGGUGACCAGGAUGGCUGCCCACCCCCCCUGCCUGGCAUCUUCAGCUGGACAAGACUGUGAUUCUACCCCGAGUGCCUUAAAUGACGUCCACAGGCCACCGGUGGCUGCCCUUGGAAAUGUUUUACCUGUCCUUGGUUGAGUGACCUUUGGUACCCACAGGUAUCCACCUGGGGCCCUUCCUGCAGGUUCUGGAAGUGCCAAAACCAGGCCACCAAGCCCAGUUACAAAUGCAGCAAGAUCACUCCAAUAAACAGCUUUGCUACA